CAGGCCCGGUCCCCCAGACAGAAAGAUAAGGUACUAUGUUAGGUUGGUCGAGGUACCUGCUCCGUGACGACAAGGGCGUCGCCAACCACAUGUGAGGGAUGGCAAGGUAUGCGCCUUGGAUAUUCCGUAUACAAGCCGCGGACGAGCGCCGGUUGCCGAACAUAUCCAGAACACCAUGGCCAGCUACGAGGCGGUCCUGCAGGGCGUCAACGUCCUCGGCCCCGUCCAGGAGUCCCAGCGCAAGAUCCUGACGCCCCAGGCGCUUGCCUUCCUUGCGCUGCUGCAGCGCACCUUCAACCCGACCCGCAAGGCCCUCCUUGAGCGCCGCAAGCUCCGCCAGGCCGAGCUCGACAAGGGCGCCCUCCCCGAUUUCCUGCCCGAGACAAAGCACAUCCGCGAGGACCCGACAUGGAAGGGCGCGCCGCCCGCUCCGGGGCUGGUCGACCGCCGUGUCGAGAUCACGGGUCCCACGGACCGCAAGAUGGUGGUGAAUGCGCUGAAUGCGGAUGUCUGGACUUACAUGGCUGAUUUCGAGGACUCGAGCGCGCCAACGUGGGAUAACAUGGUCAACGGCCAGGUGAACCUCUACGACGCCGUGCGGCGCCAGAUCGAUUUCAAGCAAGGGGGGAAGGAGUACAAGCUGCGGACAGACAGGAAGCUGCCGACGCUCAUCGUGCGGCCGCGUGGCUGGCACCUGGAGGAGAAGCACGUCACCGUCGACGGUGAGCCCAUGAGCGGAUCCCUCUUCGACUUUGGCCUGUACUUCUUCCACAACGCCUUCGAGACGGUCAAGCGCGGCUUCGGCCCCUACUUCUACCUGCCCAAGAUGGAGUCGCACCUCGAGGCGCGCCUCUGGAACGACGUGUUCAACCUGGCCCAGGACUACAUCGGCAUGCCGCGCGGGACGAUCCGCGGCACCGUGCUGAUCGAGACCAUCCUGGCCGCCUUCGAGAUGGAGGAGAUCAUCUACGAGCUGCGGGACCACAGCUCUGGCCUCAACUGCGGCCGCUGGGACUACAUCUUCAGCGUCAUCAAGAAGUUCCGCCAGAACUCCAAUUUCGUGCUUCCUGACCGAAGCUGUGUUACGAUGACGGUGCCCUUCAUGGAUGCAUAUGUCAAGCUGCUCAUCCAGACCUGCCACAAGCGCGGGGUCCAUGCCAUGGGCGGCAUGGCGGCGCAGAUCCCCAUCAAGGACGACCCGGCCGCCAACGAGAAGGCGAUGGAGGGCGUCCGGGCGGACAAGCUGCGCGAGGUGCGCGCCGGGCACGACGGCACCUGGGUCGCCCAUCCCGCGCUGGCGUCCAUCGCGUCUGACAUCUUCAAUAAGCACAUGCCCACGCCGAACCAGCUGUUUGUGCGCCGCGAGGACGUCUCCAUCGGCGCGAACGACCUCCUCAACAUGAACGUCCCCGGCCAGAUCACCGAGCAGGGCAUCCGCAAGAACCUGAACAUCGGCCUCGGGUACAUGGAGGCCUGGCUGCGGGGCGUUGGCUGCGUGCCGAUCAACCACCUGAUGGAGGACGCGGCCACGGCCGAGGUGUCGCGCAGCCAGCUCUGGCAGUGGGUGCGCCAUGGGGUCACCACGGCCGAGGGCAAGCGCGUCGACAAGGGCUACGCGCUCAAGCUGCUCAAGGAGCAGGCGCAGGAGCUGUCGGCCAAGGCGCCCAAGGGCAACAAGUACCAGCUGGCGGCGCAAUACUUCUCGGGCCAGGUCACGGGCGAGGGCUAUGCUGAUUUCUUGACUUCGUUGCUUUACAACGAGAUCACGUCGGCAGGGAGCCCCAAGCCGGCCUCCAAGUUGUAAGUUCUGUGUUGCCGAGGAUGUUGAGACGAGGAACGUCCUGGCGGACGGGAAAGAUGAGC